GUCCUCGAGACUACAGCCAGGCCAAGGCCGCCGCCGCCGGGAAGGUGAACGGGAGCUACGGCCACUGCACCCCCGGCUCGGAAAAGGGCCUGCUGGACCUGGACCUUGCUGAGGGCCCUGGCCCUGCCUGCCACCAGGGCCUGUUUCUCCCUGUGGGAACCCCACCACCCCGGGGCCACUCCCCUGCCUGUGAAAGGCUGCUGCAUCUCCCCCAUCCUCACAGGUCACCCAGGCCCCAGGCCACCUAUGUGAAUGGCAGCCUGCCAGCUACACAGCACAUCAAGCAGGAGUCCCUGCCCAACUACCAGGCCAUGGCCGAAGCCCAUACUCCCCUGUCAACUCACUGCCGAGCCCCGGCAGCCACGGGCCUGCACACUGCGCUGGACCUCCCGGGCCAAGGCCUCGCCAACCCUGCCCCUUCCUGCUACCUUCUGGGCAGCGAGCCUAGCCCAGGCCUGGGCCCCCAGCCCGAAGCCCACCUGCCCGAGGGUGGCCUGAAGCGCUGCUGCCUCUUGGGCCUGCCUCCUGUCUCCUCAGCCUCCUCCUCACCUUGUGUCUCCUCCGAUGUCACCCCUAUCAUCCGCUCCUCCCAGACGGCUCUAGUGUCCUGUAUAAAUGGGCUCCGGAGCCCCCCUCUGCCAGGAGAUGUUGGAGUCCCUCCCAAGCGGCCCCGGCACGGCCCUGUUUCCACUGAGAGCCAGGAGGGCAGUAUGCAGCUGGAAGAAUGCCAGAAGACGGGCUUCCUGAAGCAGGAGCCUUCAGACGAAUUCUCUGAGCUCUUUGGGACUCACCAGCAGGGCUUGCCACCCCCCUACCCCCUGCCUCAGUUGCCAGCUGGUCCGGGCCUGGGAGGCCUGGGGCUGGGCCUGGCGGGCAGGCUGGUGGCCGGGCGGCAGGCAUGCCGCUGGGUGGACUGCUGUGCAGCGUACGAGCAACAGGAGGAGCUAGUGCGGCACAUCGAGAAGAGCCACAUCGACCAGCGCAAGGGCGAGGACUUCACCUGCUUCUGGGCUGGCUGCGUGCGCCGCUACAAGCCCUUCAAUGCCCGCUACAAGCUGCUCAUCCACAUGAGAGUGCACUCGGGUGAGAAGCCCAACAAGUGCAUGUUUGAAGGCUGCAGCAAAGCCUUCUCCCGGCUGGAGAACCUCAAGAUCCACCUGAGGAGCCACACGGGUGAGAAGCCAUACCUGUGCCAGCACCCGGGCUGCCAGAAGGCCUUCAGCAACUCCAGCGACCGUGCCAAGCACCAGCGCACCCACCUGGACACGAAGCCGUAUGCUUGCCAGAUCCCUGGCUGCUCCAAGCGCUAUACGGACCCCAGCUCCCUCCGCAAGCAUGUGAAGGCCCAUUCAGCCAAAGAGCAGCAGGUGCGUAAGAAGUUGCAUGGCGGCCCUGACACCGAGGCCGACGUCCUGACAGAGUGUCUGGCCCUGCAGCAGCUCCAUGUGUCCACACAGCUGGCUGCCGGUGACGGGAAGGGUGGACACCUGGGCCAGGAGUUGCUCCCAGCUGUGUACCCUGGCUCCGUCACCCCUCAUAACGGGCUCGCCUCAGGCCUCCUGCUCCCCACCCCCGACAUCCCUUCCCAGCACCACCCACUGGACGCCACCUCCAGUUCCCAGCACCAUCUGUCCCCUCUGCCUGCAGCCGAGAGCACCAGGGACGGGUUGGGGCCCGGCCUCCUCUCACCCAUGCUCAGCCCACUGAAGGGGCUCAGGCCACCGCUGCUGCCACCGUCCUCCCAGAGCCAGUCUCCAGGGGCCCAGCCCUUCUCCCCGCUGCCCAGCAAGCCACCCUAUACCCCCUUCCAGAGCCCCCCACCCCCGCUUCUGACCAGCCCACAAGGCUACCAGGGCAGCUUCCACUCCAUCCAGAGCUGCUUCCCCUACAGCGACUGCUACCGGAGCGGUGAGCCAGCAGCCAGUGGGGACGGGCUGGCCGGGGAGGCCCCCAGCUUCACUCCGCUGCGGCCCAACGGCUACCCCGGCCUGGGUGCGCCGUUACCCACCGCAGGCUACGAGGCCCUGUGCCCCACGGCGCUGCCCCCACAGUCAUCUGAAGAUGUGGCGUCCGGUGGCCCUGAGGACUGUGGCUUCUUCCCCAAUGGCGCCUUCGACCACUGUCUGAGUCACAUCCCCUCCAUCGACACAGACACCUGAAGGAGGGCAGCCCCGCUGGCCAGCUCACAGAUCUGUGUCACCACUUGCCGUGGCUCCCCUGUCCCCGGCCCAGGCUGGGCCAGCUGGGCUGCCAUGCAGGGCUGAGCUGAGAGGAGCCCGCCAGGGACCAGGACCGUGUGACAGGCCCUUGGUUGUGCCUUCCUGUUUCUCUCGCCUAUCGUUUUGAAAUCACAGACCUCGUGUAUAUAAAAUGUAUGGAACUCGUUUCCCAUUCCCC